CGAGCACCGAGUAAGCAGAGCAACGAGCACGAUAAGCAAAAGGCUGUACAAAGGCGAACGACGAUCAAUUGACAUCCAAAACGUACCAGCAGCAGUCCAUUCCACCGCAUUCAAUCUCUAUAGACGCCGAUGUCGGACCGCUACAGCUUCUCCCUUACUACCUUCUCGCCAAGCGGUAAGCUCGGGCAGAUUGACCAUGCACUGGCGGCUGUGAACGCUGGUGUCACAUCUCUCGGUAUCAAAGCAACCAACGGCAUCGUCAUCGCAACCGAGAAAAAGACUACCUCCCCUCUCAUCGAAUCCCAAACCCUCGAGAAAAUCACCCGGAUCACCCCCGAUAUCGGCAUUGUCUACUCAGGCAUGGGCCCCGAUUUCCGCAUCCUCGUCGAUAAGGCCCGGAAACAGGCGCACCAGUACAAGAAUAUCUACGGCGAGUACCCACCCACGCGGAUGCUCGUCCAGGAUAUCGCGUCAACGAUGCAAGGCGCGACACAAAGUGGUGGUGUCCGUCCAUUUGGCGUUUCCCUCCUCGUCGCGGGCCACGACGAGAAUCAGGGACCGGCGUUGUACCAGAUCGAUCCCUCUGGCUCAUACUUCCCCUGGAAAGCUACGGCGAUCGGAAAGGGGUCGACCUCUGCAAAGACGUUUUUGGAGAAGAGGUAUACGGAGAACUUGGAGAUUGAGGAUGCGAUUUAUAUGGCGCUCAUGACGCUUAAGGAGGGGUUUGAGGGGGAGAUGACGGAGGAGACUGUUGAGGUUGGGGUUGUGAGGGAUGAUGCUGGGUUGAAUGGGGAGGGGUUGACGAUUGUUGGGUGGGAGGGGAAGAAGGGGCCGAAGUGGAAUAAGUUGAGUAAGGAGGAGGUUAGGGAUUACCUGGACCAGAUCUAGGGGAGGAACAGAUGGGAAUACCAAUUGAAUGCAU